AUGGACGUUGCGCGGGGUUUUCUCGACUUUUUCUGGGCUCUCGGCAGCAGCCAGCCGGAGAUCCGAGCCGAGGCCGCUUCAGGCCUCGUCGAUUUUCUUAUCCAGCAGCAAGCCUCUGCCAAGCCCGCCUCCGUUGCCUCCACCAACCAGGAGAGCAACAAAGACUCCACAGAUAGGGAAAAGGCCAAGGGGAGGCACGGAGACCAUGGGCAGUCGUUCAAGAACCUCAUUUCGCUCAGCGGCACUUCUGCGUGCGAAGAUCUUCAGUAUGCUGCCAACAGACUGCUCGCAGGCCUCACGUCUCCGCGGGCCUGCGUCCGCCAAGGCUACUCGGUUGCCUUGCUGCUGCUUCUUCUUCUUUUCAAGAAGGAGAUUCCCCGCGAGAAAGUCCUGACGGCACUGGAGCAGCAUACCUCGACGGCGAAAGUGCUGCCGUCUGAAGUGAAAGACCUGCUGCUCGGUCGGCUCUUCGGCUACGCGGUCCUGCAGAAAACAGGAUACUUCAGAAGCAACGCAUGCCUCACCCAGUGCCAGACGGUCUUCUCUUCGCUCUGGAAAAUAAUCGACGAAAAAGUCUACUUGCAGGAGGCUGCGUGCCGGCUGAUGCGCCUCAUCAUCGUUGACUUAUCGACGUUCAGUCCCUCGAUUGCGCUUCAGUUCGUGCACUCUCGCUUGGAAGCUCUGGCUGCGGUGCGCGUCGGCGCAGCCGCGUCGGCCGACGGCGACGCGGCGAGCGACGGAGAAGAGAAGAAGCAACUCGGCAAAACAGUUACGGGGCGCUUGCCUUGCAGCUUGGCUGCGCUUCUGCUCGACCUGCGGUGGGCUGCAAGCCACUGGGGAUGGACUGCGAAGCGCGAGAGCUUCACGCACCUCGACAUCCUCUUCAAUCUCGAUCUCCUUCACGAGAAGGAACGCCCGCGCCUCAUGGCUUUCUUGGUCGACACGGCUGCGUUCCACCCCCGCCUUCACAGCUUGUGGGAUGCGUGCUUGAAGCUUCUGCUGCAUUGCAGAAUGGAUGAACCGAAGGCCGCUUUCCUGAAGUGGUGGCGCAGCGUGCAGAGGGCGUUGUUUCCUGAGUUCCCAUCUUCCGCCUCGCGGCCGGCGGAUGCUGCGAGCGGGCGAGACGCGAAGAAGACCGAAGAGAAUACCACAGAGUCCCAGAGUUUGCAGAAGGAGUUCCUGGGUUUCCGCCUCGUCAUCGAAGUUUUCCUCCGGCUGAAGCAGUGCGCCUUGGUGGGAGGCGAGGACCUCUGCAUGGAGGAAACGGAGAAGAAGCGCAAGGGCGAACGUGAGGAGAGCAAGAAACAGAUGAGCCAAAAAGAAGCGCUUCAAGUUGUCGCGGAAUUCUGGCCUCACUCCGACGGCUUUCUCCGCGCCCUCGUGCGCCACCUCGAAGCCUCCCGUGGCGACCCCUUACGCCCCAUGGCGGAGAUGGUGCUGGACUCGCUCGCGGUGAUCUUCACGGGCAAGAGUCUCUCCGCGCCCCUGUCUCUCGGCGCCGCGGCCGAGGCGUCGUCUGCUUCGCGCACCGGCGCGGGUCGUCUUGUUUCACCGUUCGCCUCCUUCUCGUCUUGCGGCAAGGCAGCAGAAGCCAGGAAGGCCAAAAACCUCCACCUCGAGUGCGGCUGCCUUCGCGACCCGACUGACGAGGGCCUCUUCGCCUCGCUUCUGGCGGACGACAGCGGAGCUUUCCACGCCCGGCGCGCCACCUGGGUGCAGCAGCAGGUGUCCGCGAGCGUCGGCGACGAGGCGAAGGAGAAAGCGAAGCGGAAGUCGAGGUCCGACGACUCCACGGGUCACCCUGCGUCUCCUGCUCUCGGCGGAGAUCUCGAUGUGCUGCGGCACCCGUUCCCCCUCUCCCUCGCGUCGCGGUUCGAGGUCCUGCGCGCCUGGGGCGAGGCUGUGCGUUUCCGGCCUCUCAAGAAGGGCCUCAUGAAGAAACUUUGCCGGCUCGCACUCGGUGGUGGCCUCACGGUGGGCGAUCUUCGCGGGGACGUUUUCGCCUCGCGGCUUUUCGAGGUCUGCAGGGGGCCCUCUGCCUCCGCCGGAGACGCGAACAAGGCCACGGGUACUGAGACAGCCGGCGCGUCGUGGCGGCGUUUGCUGUGGCUGGUGGACUUCCUUCUUCUUCUGCCCCAGCAGUUUUCGUCUGGCGCUUCCGAGCUGUCUGCGGCGCUGUCUUUCUUCUUCUCGGUCCUCCUCUCGCUCCUUCUUUCGUCUUCAUUCCAGUUAUCAGCUUCGACGCCGCUUCCGCCAGUUCUGUUUGCGUCUCCGGCGGCGAUCUUCUCCGCAGCUAAGGCGCUGAGUCCCUCCUCGGCGCCCGAGGCCCUCGACGAGGCCUCGCUGUCGUCUUUCGCCUUCCUGCUCGUCGCGCCGCCGCGCUCGACGCUGCCGGUCUUGCUGCCGAAGCUCAUGUCGGUUCACUCGUUCCUACUUUCGCGGCAUAUGGACUCUUUGGUCAAGUCGCAGAGCGAUGCUGCCACGGUGUCUGCAGGGGCCCAGGGAGGGCACCGCUUCGUCGAGGCUCUUCACUCGACACACGCCGUCUGCUACGCAGCGGCCGCUGCGGCGCGCGACGAAGCCUCGGCGGCGGUCAGUUUCGCGGCCACGGCAAGCGAGAAGGCGGCGCGAAAGGGCGCCUGGAAGAAAGAGGGAGGCGUGGACGCGAGUGGAUUCACGGUUGACCUCGCGCUCGCCCCAGCGAUGGCGAAGGGCGUCACCCAGGGCGAGGUCGCGGCCCUGGAGGCUCAGGUGGGUGCUUCGGGCGUCGACAGCGACGAAUACGCCGCGGCCGCAGAGGAGGCGCGCCAUAUCUCGAGACGCAAGCGCGGAAGGGACGAGAGUGGCAACGCGUCGGAUGCAUUGCUUCUCAGCUCCUGCUUCGAAGCCUCGAGGCAUGCGCGGGCUCUCGAGAGCGCGGCCGCAUCUCUCGACCAAGAAGAGGAGCUGCAGCAGCACGAGAAACCCGCAAAUGAGAUCAUUCUGCGAAAGGGCCUGGCGACAGCUUGCCGAGCGGUGGCCGCAGGCGUCGCCUCGCUGGCGCUGUAUCCGUACUUCGCGUUUGGAAGCAGACGGUCGCGCAGGUCGGAGGGACGCAGAAAGCGAGAUGACGACGAGCAAGGCGAUAACGGGAGGAAGCGCCCGCGCUGCGAAGGCAACACUGCGAGCGAGGAAGACGGCGAGAUGGACUCGCCGCCUGCUUCAGACAGCGAGUCGGACGCAGAGGCCGAGGCGAGCCCGCUGGAGGGCUCGCUCUUCGGCUCGCAGGCCGCGGCAUACGAGGAUGCACAAGGCGAAGCCGCGCGGGAGGAGGAAGAGCGCGAAGAGCUCUCCGACUUUUUCACGCUCAUGAGCGAGUUGUCGUCUCAGGCGGAGGCGCUUGUCUCUCUGUUGCGGUCCGCGACUCCGGCGAGGAAGACCAAGAAGCGAGAAGAUGGAGCCGCAGCCGCAGGUUCCGCGGGCGCGGCUGCGACAGAGACGACCCUCUUCGCGCAGCUGGCGGCGAUCCUGGCAGGCACGGCCAAGAGCGCCAGCCAUCUGAUGUUCCACGACGGCGACAGCCCCAGCGUCGGUUACCUCCGCGCCUCAGGACGCGCCCUGUGGAAGGCGAUUUGCCCCUUCGCCGCCUUCACAGAAAUCGAGUCGCUGCUGGACGUCGUUCUGGAUCGCCAAGAGGAGGCAGCCGAGGAGAAGGGUUGCUGCGCUGAGGAAGCCGAGAAGCCAGAGGCCGCCGACGAAGAUGAAGCUGAAGGUGAAGCUGAAGGGGAGGAGUCCGCAGAGGACGCAGAGGAAGAGGAUGAAGAAGACGCGGAGGAAGCGGAGAAGGACGAAGAAAGCGAAGAGGAAAGUGAAGAGGACAGCGGCGAUGAAGAAGCGAAGGCGGACGACAACAGGGAGGAAAAGACUGAAGAAGAGGACGACGAUGACAAAUUCUCCAUUGAGCUUGACGCCGAUGCCACGUACCGAGCGCUGCUCGAUGAGAAUGGAGACGCGCUUCCAGGGGCUUACGUGCCUCCGCAUACAGAGUUUCGCCGCCAGGCGCUUUUGGAGCGGAAGCGCAGAGAAAACGAGCGGCUACGGCAGCUGCAGCUGCGGCUGCGCGCGCUGGAGGUGCUGCAAGUCUACUUGGAGGUGAAUCCGCGGUCGUCGCACUCCUUGUCCCUCCUCGCCGCGCUUUUCGGCGGGUUCGAUCGCAUUGCCUUGCGGAGUGCCUUGAGUCGGCAGAAGAAGAACGCCAAGACGAGUGCAACUGGCGGUCUCCACCAGCACCUCGCUGAGAAAAUCCAGAAAGUCAUUCUGGACGCCUGUGUGGCGAGUCGCCACAGAAGGCGCCCCACCCCGGCUGCGGCGAAGAGCUGCGAUGGCGCUCAGGCAGGCAGCGCGUCGGACCGCGCCUGCGUCCUCCUCGAGCAGGGGGACCGAAACGCCACUGCCGUCGCCGCCGCGCUGCUCAGCUGGCGAGAGGCCGCGUGGGAAGGGGGCGACAGCCACUCUGGUCAAGGCGCGAAGGCAGCGGCCGCCUCGCUGGGCUCGAUGCCGCCUGUCGUCCUCCUGAGAGGAUGGAACAAGCCUGGGCAGUCCCGCGAGAGCCUCGCAAACUGCGUCACCUGCGAAAUCGUCGAGGACGACGGCAGGGCGCGAGACUUGCGCGCAUCCAACACAAAGCUGAGCGCCACUGAGAAAUCUCUGCGCAAGGCGUGGGAAGCCGUGGAGACCUGUAUCGGGCUCCGCGCGCUGGAGGUCCUUGAAACCUGCAUCGCGUGCCGCCACCUGCCGCAGGCCCAGGCAGCGGCGAGCUGUCAGUACGUCGGCCUGAACCUCUUGGUGUUUCUGUUCAAGGUUGAGCAGCAGGCGGGGGAGUUCUUCUCGCAGGCGAUCGCGGGCAAGUCUCACGGAGGCGCGGGCGGGGCCACCUGGGGAGGCAGCGUCGCCUCGCAGACCCUCAACUUGGCGCUGAACGACUGGCUCACGAAGCGCAGCAGUCGCCAGCAGCAGCUGGACUCUGCGUUCUUCCGAUUCUUUGCGGAGAGACGCCCAGAGUGGAUGCGGUUCAUCGACCUCCUGGGUGCCGCGCAGCAGCGCGCGAGAGGCGCGUUCGUCAGACGCGAGUGCAUAGCGAUUGGCACGGCCGUCGCUCGCCAUCCAUUUUUCCUCUCAGGGCGGUCGGCGGACGAGGCAGGCAAGACGCGUGACAGAAAACAGUGCAGAGCCGAAGAGAGCGAUGACGAAUACCCUCGCGAUGUUGGAGCGAAGGCCCGCGAGUCGCAAAGCGCCGGUGUGCACCUGCGCCCCUGCGUCACAUUGGACUGGGACGCGUGGGUGCUUCGCGGCAAGAAACUGCGAGAGCGGAGGCGGGGGCGGCCGAAUAAAGAAGCCGAAGGUGAAACGGAGGACACUGCAGCGCAGCUUUCUCCGCCCCUUCCGGUCCGCCAGGAGGUGAAUGAAACGACCUUUGUGGCGCUGCUGGAGCAACUAUCCGCCUCGGCGGAAGUCGCGGCUGCGGAGGCCUCCCGAGGCACCUUCUCCUCGGCCGGACAAAUGAAGGCUAGCCACCGAGAAAUGCUCACGUCCCUCAAGACUAUUCUCCAAGCGUCCGUCACGCAGCUGAAGAGCAAGGGGCUCUUGGGUGGCUCCUUGCCAGUGAAGCAGGAGGAUCAAGCAGCGCAGAGCGUGAGAAGCGCGCUGGAGGAAGAAUGGACGAGGGUGGGAGAGCGACUGCUGGAAGCAGCCUCCAAACUCCAGGGCCAGGCGGGGAGGCAUCAAGGUCUUUACGAGAGCAUCGUACGGCUGGUGAAGAUUCUCCAAGGCAAAAAGGAGGAGGCGCCUGGAUCGAAGGCGCGAUCAGUAGAAGCAAAGAGGGAAAAGCGAAACGAGAAGCGCAAGAGGCGAGACAAGCGAUAA